UUCCAUUCCCCUUUCCUUCCCUUUCCCUCAAGAGGAGCUGCGGGGGCCUCCAGGCUCCCCCUCUCGCUCUUUGGAGUUAAGUUUGUAGGGUUUGCCCUUUACCGUCCACCAUAGCCCCCAAGCUUGCUUCUCCUCCUCGCUGCUCCAGCACCAGCUGCAGCAGCUAUGGUGUCCAUCAAGCUGCAGAAGCGCCUCGCUGCCAGCGUGCUCAAGUGCGGCGAGCGCAAGGUAUGGCUCGACCCCAACGAAGUCAACGAGAUUUCCAUGGCUAACAGCAGGCAGAACAUCCGCAAGCUGGUCAAGGAUGGCUUCGUUAUCCGCAAGCCCCAGAAGAUACACUCUCGUGCCCGUGCUCGUCGUGCUCUCGAGGCUAAGCGGAAGGGACGUCACUCUGGCUACGGAAAACGUCGCGGUACCAGGGAGGCCAGGCUUCCUACCAAGGUGCUGUGGUUGCGGCGUAUGCGUGUGUUGAGGCGUCUUUUGCGCAAGUACCGUGAUGCCAAGAAGAUCGACAAGCACAUGUAUCAUGAUAUGUACAUGAAGGUUAAGGGUAAUGUCUUUAAGAACAAGCGUGUGUUGAUGGAGAGUAUUCACAAGUCCAAGGCCGAGAAGGCUCGUGAGAAGACUCUCUCUGAUCAAUUCGAGGCUAGGCGUGCCAAGAACAAGGCUUCACGUGAGCGCAAGAUUGCAAGGAGGGAGGAGCGUCAAGCCCAGGGUAUCUCUGACGCAGCUCCUGCUGAGGCUGUUGAGGCUCCAUCGAGUGUUGCUUCAGUAAAGAAGUCAAAGAAGUAGUGUAUGGCUGAAUAUUUUGUAAUAUGAAAUCUCUUUGUUAUGAAUUAACAUGGAGGGAAAUCGCUUUGCUUCGUAUGUCACCUUUUACUUGUGUAACGGCAGUUAAUGAGUGUCCUCAGUUUAUUGCAUACUUCUGUUUUAUACGCGGAAAUUUCGAUGGUUUAUCCAAAAGAUUAAAGGUGCAUAACUGAGUUUGCACGUAUUUGAAAUGUAGUUUAUUGAAUAUUUGGAGCACUUCAUUUAGGUGCUGGAUAGUUGGCGGCUUGGAUCAUCAAGAGUUCCAGAGGUAUGCAUCACCAUGUCCUGAUAACAGUGGUUCUGCACCUACAGUCCAGUGUAGAUUUGUGGAAUUUGAUCCUAGUGCUUACAAUUGCUUGUGAAAUGGCUGGGCUGCCCAUCUAGGUGGUACUGUAGACAGUUCAAGAAGUCGCGUCUGUCUUUCUGUGAAACCGACCGGGCUUAUGUCUUUUCCUGAUGAUGGCUCCUUAUCCAGUUUUACGCCUUGCUUAAGAGGGUAUUUUGGGCCAUUUUGGCCCAUUUUGGGCCGUAGAGGAAUUGGUACCCAGCAAGAACCUGGUACUGGAUGAACAGAAAAUCGAAAAGGCCUUUGUGUACCAAAAUAUUUUAAUGAAUUCUUAAUUUUCAGUUU